CGGGCGGGCGGAGCGGACCAUCGGGGCAGCCGGGAGCCAUGUUGGGGCUGCGAGAAAAGGAGGAGGCGGCGGCGGAGGAGGAGGAGGAGAAGGGGGCGGCAAAGAGCAGGGAGACGAUGCCGGCGGUGAGGAGCAGCCGGCCCCGCGGGGAGAAAGCAUCCGCGUGGAGGAGGUAGAUGGUGUCGGCAGCCGGGGCGAGGAAGGAAGGAGGGGCCCGGGUAGCAUGGCCGCAGCGCCGCUCGCCGAACCGGCGCCCAGCCGCCUCGUCCUCCUCUGUUGCCGCUGCUUCUUCCGCCGGCGGUUCCUGCUGGCGCCGCUGCUUCUCCGCCUGCUCCCUUUGUCUCCGCUCGGCCGGGGGGCCCGAGGCUUGCCGAGCCGGGGCUGCGCGGGUACGGCGGGAGGCGCCUCCUCCUUGUGCCCGAGCUGCGCCGAGGGGGCCUUGACGCCGCCGAGGAAGAGGAGGGCCACAAGGAGGGGAGCCACCCGGCGCCAGGGGCGGACUAGCGACGCGGCGGCUUCUCCUGCUGCUUCCGCCCUCCUUCCGGAGCCUCCCAGGAGCACCGGUGGGUGCCUCCUUCCUCCUGGGAAGGACGCCAAGCCCGGGAAGAAGGCGGCCAAGGAUGCCCAGCCGCCGCUCCGCCUGGGAGCCUGGAGCCGGCCCUUUCCGCUCGGCUCUCAUCCCGCAAGGAUGCGCCCGGCUGCCUUCUCCCGCCUGGGCUGGCCCUCUUCCCGCCGGGCCCUCCUCCUCCUCAUCCUCCUCCUGCUCCUGACCUACCUGCAGCUCUGCGCGGGGCACGGCCCCUCUCCUUCUCCUUCUCCUUCUCCUUCUCCGUCUCCUCCUCCUCCUCCUCUGCCCUGCUGUUGGGGCUUCUCCGAGCCAGGCUGCCAACGGGCCAGGACGGAGAUCUCGGAGGCGGGCUUCCUUUCAGCACCACCAGCGCCGCGGACAGCGCCAGCCUCAGCCGCGCACAGAGUUCCGCCCCGUCCCUGCCUCGCUUUGCCCUCCUUGGACUCCCGUGAAGGCUGCUCGCAGGCUCUUUGUUUUGGCCGGGAUUUCCGGAGCCCGGGGCUCUUCCCUCCCUCCCCACUGAACCCCUUCCCCCUAGCUCUGCAGAAGGGGCUCAGGGCUGCUUCCCCUUGUGCCAAGAGGAGGAGGAGGAGGAGGAGGAGGAGAGAGGGAGCCUUGCCCAGGACAAGGAGGGCCGCCAAUCGGCACCCCAUCUUCCCCCAGUAUAACUAUCAAGUGCAAGUGGCCGAAAACCAGCCCCCGGGGACUCCUGUGAUCACCAUGGCGGCCCAAGACCCCGACCCCGGGGAGGCCGGGAGGCUGCUGUAUUCCAUGGAUGCCCUGAUGAACAGCCGCUCCCUGGAGUUGUUUAGCAUCGAUGCCCAGAACGGCCUCAUCAGUACCACAGAGGCCUUGGACCGGGAAAGCAUGGACCUGCACUACUUCAGAGUCACAGCCACCGACCGGGGACAGCCUCGCCUCUCCACCACCACCAUGGUGGCCAUCACGGUGGCCGACAGGAACGACCACGAUCCCGUCUUCGAGCAGGGCGAGUACCGAGAAACCAUCCGGGAGAACGUGGAAGAAGGCUACCCCAUCUUGCAGCUGAGGGCCACCGACGUGGACUCCCCGCCCAAUGCCAACAUCCGAUACCGCUUUGUCAACGAGCAGGCGGCCCACUCUGUCUUUGAAAUCGACUCACGGUCAGGACUGAUCACCACAAGUGGGCAAGUGGACAGGGAGAAGCUGGAGAAGUAUUCCCUGGUGGUGGAGGCAAACGACCAAGGGAAGGAGCCCAGCCCCCGCUCGGCCACGGUGAGAGUCUAUAUCACGGUCCUUGACGAGAAUGACAACGUCCCACAGUUCAGUGAGAAGAGGUACAUUGUCCAAGUCAGAGAGGAUAUAAGACCUCAUUCAGAAAUUUUGAAAGUUACGGCCACUGACUUGGACAAAGACAACAAUGCUUUGGUUCAUUACAACAUCAUCAGUGGGAAUAGCAGGGGUCAGUUCUCCAUUGACAGUGUGACUGGAGAAAUCCAAGUUGUGGCUCCUUUGGAUUUUGAAGUGGAGCGAGAAUAUGCUCUGAGGAUACGGGCCCAGGAUGCAGGGCGCCCUCCUCUGUCCAACAACACCGGUAUGGUUAGCAUCCAAGUUGUGGACAUCAACGAUCACACCCCCAUUUUUGUCAGCACCCCUUUCCAGAUAUCUGUCUUGGAAAAUGCCCCUUUUGGCCACUCAGUAAUCCACAUCCAGGCUGUGGAUGCAGAUUACGGAGAGAAUUCCCGCUUGGAGUACAAGCUCUCUGGGACCUCACCCGACACCCCCUUUGUAGUGAACAGCGCCACUGGCUGGAUUACUGUGAGUGGCCCCUUAGACCGGGAAACUGUGGAGCACUAUUUCUUUGGGGUAGAAGCCCAGGACCAUGGCUCCCCAUCUCUGUCGGCUUCUGCUAGUGUCACCAUCACUGUAAUGGAUGUGAAUGAUAAUCGGCCUGAAUUCACCCAGAAAGAGUAUUUCAUCCGUCUCAAUGAAGAUGCUACUGUGGGGACCAGUGUCCUCAGUGUCACAGCAAUUGACAGGGAUGUGAAUAGUGCCAUCAGCUACCAGAUAACAGGGGGAAACACACGGAACCGUUUUGCUAUCAGUACUCAGGGGGGAAUGGGACUAAUCACCCUUUCUUUGCCUUUGGAUUACAAACAAGAGAGGCGCUUUGUGCUCACAGUGACCGCCUCUGACCGGACUCUGCAUGACAACUGCCAUGUCCAUGUCAACAUUACCGAUGCCAAUACUCACAGGCCGGUAUUCCAGAGUGCUCAUUACUCAGUAAGUGUGAAUGAGGAUCGUCCUGUAGGAAGCACUGUGGUUGUGAUCAGUGCCACUGAUGAUGAUGUUGGGGAAAAUGCCCGGAUUACCUACUACCUGGAGGACAAUAUUCCUCAGUUUCGGAUUGAUGGUGAUACUGGUGCCAUCACUUUGCAGGCUGGACUGGAUUAUGAGGACCAGGUGACUUACACACUGGCCAUCACAGCCAAAGAUAAUGGGAUCCCUCAGAAAGCUGAUACAACCUAUGUUGAAAUCAUGGUCAAUGAUGUCAAUGACAAUGCCCCUCAAUUUGUUAGUGCUCACUACCAAGGCAUCAUCUCAGAGGACAGCCCUCCCUUCACAAGUGUACUCCAGAUUUCAGCCACUGAUCGGGAUGCUCAAGCCAAUGGACGGGUCCAGUAUACGUUCCAGAAUGGAGAGGAUGGAGAUGGAGAUUUCACGAUAGAACCCACCUCUGGGAUUAUUCGCUCUGUCCGUAGGCUGGACCGGGAGAGCAUCCCAGUCUAUGAACUCACUGCUUAUGCUGUGGAUAGAGGGAUUCCCCCUCAAAGAACACCUGUCCACAUUCAAGUCACUGUGCAGGAUGUGAAUGACAAUGCUCCUGUCUUCCCAGCUGAAGAUUUUGAGGUCUUAGUGAAGGAAAAUAGCAUUGUGGGCUCUGUUGUGGCCCAGAUCACAGCUGUUGACCCAGAUGAGGGACCCAAUGCUCAGAUCAUGUACCAGAUUGUGGAAGGCAAUAUCCCUGAGAUUUUUCAGAUGGACAUAUUUUCAGGUGAGCUCACUGCUCUGAUUGACUUGGACUAUGAGACCAAGUCAGAGUAUGUCAUCGUCGUCCAGGCCACCUCAGCACCACUUGUCAGCAGAGCCACUGUCCACAUCAAGCUCAUUGACCAGAAUGAUAACAGCCCUGUUCUUAAAAAUUUCCAGAUCCUUUUUAACAACUAUGUUUCCAACAAAUCCAACACCUUCCCUUCAGGGAUUAUAGGGAGGAUCCCUGCCUAUGACCCAGAUGUGUCGGACAAACUAUUCUACACUUUUGAACGAGGGAAUGAGCUGCACUUGUUGAUCAUCAAUCAGACAAGUGGGGAACUCAGGCUGAGCCGUAAACUGGACAACAAUCGUCCCUUGGUAGCAUCCAUGCUGGUCACUGUCACAGAUGGGAUCCACAGCGUGACAGCCCAGUGUGUUCUGCGUGUCAUCAUCAUUACCGAGGACAUGUUAGCCAACAGUAUAACAGUGCGCCUGGAGAACAUGUGGCAGGAGCGCUUCCUUUCACCCAUUCUGGCCAACUUCCUUGAGGGCGUGGCUACCGUGUUGGCCACACCCAAGGAAGAUGUUUUCAUCUUCAACAUCCAGAAUGACACAGACGUUGGAGGCCAAGUGCUGAAUGUUAGCUUCUCUGCCAUGGCCCCCCACAGUGGCCAUUUCUUCAGUUCGGAGGAGCUUCAGGAGCAGCUGUACAUGAAGCGUAUGACCUUGACCUCAGUCUCCAUGUUGGAGGUCCUGCCCUUUGAUGACAAUGUUUGCCUUCGAGAGCCUUGCCAGAACUACAUGAAAUGCAUUUCUGUGCUCAAAUUUGACAGCUCUGCUCCUUUCAUUGCCUCCCUUUCCACUCUCUUCCGCCCCAUCCACCCCAUCACGGGCUUGCGUUGUCGUUGCCCUCAGGGCUUUACAGGUGAUUACUGUGAAAUGGAGAUCAACCUCUGCUACUCCAACCCUUGUCAUAAUGGUGGUGUCUGUACUCGCAAGGAGGGUGGCUACACCUGCAUCUGCCGCCAGCACUUCACAGGCGACAACUGCGAGGUGGAUAGUCGGGCAGGACACUGUGUCCCUGGUGUGUGUAGGAAUGGAGGCACCUGUACCAACUUGGCAGACGGUGGUUUCCAGUGCCUGUGUCCUCCUGGGGGCUUUGAGAAGCCUUACUGUGAAGUUUCUACACGCUCCUUUCCACCGAAGUCUUUUGUCAUGUUUCGAGGACUUCGCCAGAGAUUCCACUUGACAUUCUCCCUCUCAUUUGCCACCAUGGAGCGUGGUGGCCUCCUAAUCUACAACGGACGCCUAAAUGAGAAGCAUGACUUCCUGGCUGUAGAGAUUGUGGAUGAGCAGGUUCAGCUGAAGUACUCCACAGGUGAGUCAAGCACCAUUGUCACUCCGCAUGUACCAGGAGGUGUGAGCGAUGGCCAGUGGCAUACAGUGCAGCUUCACUAUUACAACAAGCCCAAGAUCAGCUCCUUGGGCUCAGUGCAAGGACCUUCCAAAGAAAAAGUGGCCAUCCUAAUAGUGGACAAAUGUGAUGCAUCCAUGGCACUGCAGUUUGGAAGUGAGAUUGGGAACUACUCCUGUGCAGCAGAAGGGGUGCAGUCCAGUUCCAAAAAGUCAUUGGACCUCACUGGGCCUUUGCUUCUUGGAGGGGUCCCCAAUCUGCCUGAGAAUUUCCCCGUGGAGCACAGGGAAUUUGUGGGGUGCAUGAGAGAUCUGUACAUUGACAGUAAACGCAUUGACCUGGCUUCCUACAUUGCAAACAAUGGAACCUCCACAGGUUGCCAUGCCAAGCACUCCUACUGUGAUUCAAACCCUUGCAAGAACAGUGGCAUCUGCAUUGCGGGCUGGUCAUCCUUCACCUGUGAGUGCCCAAUAGGCUUUGGAGGCAAGGACUGCAGACAUGCUAUGCAUCAUCCCCAUCAUUUCCAUGGCAACAGCAUUCUUUUCUGGGAUUUUAAGAACGAGAUGAAGAUCUCCACACCUUGGUAUAUGGGCCUGGCAUUUCGGACACGCCAGCUGAACGGAGUGUUACUUCAGGCCCAUGCCGGCCAGUUUGUCACCAUACGCUGCCAGCUGGACUCUGGGCUGCUCUCCUUCAUGGUGAACAGAGGUUCUGGACGCACCACAAAACUCCUUAUGGAUCAAAUGCAGCUCAAUGAUGGAGCAUGGCAUGACCUUCAACUGCAGCUCCAGGACAUACGCAGCAGCCAAGAUGCUCGCUAUAUUGUCACCCUCAACCUGGAUUUUGGAUCCUACCAGGACACUGUUGUGGUUGGCAAUGAGCUGCAUGGCCUGAAGGUGAAGCAUCUCCAUGUUGGGGGAAUCUUAGAGUCUGGUAAAGUGCAUCAUGGUUUUGCAGGCUGCAUCCAGGGCGUGCGCCUGGGGGGCACAGCCACUGGGACUGCAUUACCCAAGCCCAGCAGCACUUUGAAUGUGGAGGCAGGAUGCACGGUGCCCAACCCUUGUGAAUCCAACCCCUGCCCUGCCAACAGUAUAUGUCAGGACAAGUGGCAAAGCUAUUCCUGUGUAUGCCAACCAGGGCACUAUGGUAGGAGCUGUGUUGAUGCCUGUCAUCUGAACCCCUGCAAAAACAAGUCAGUGUGUCGGAAGAGGCCUGGUGCUCCCCAUGGCUAUGUCUGUGAGUGUGGAGAAAAUCACUUUGGGCAGUACUGUGAGCACAGGAUGGAUCAACAGUGUCCAAAGGGCUGGUGGGGGAAUCCAACAUGUGGGCCCUGCAACUGCGACGCAGCCAAGGGAUUUGACCCAGACUGUAAUAAAGCCAAUGGGCAAUGUCACUGUAAGGAUUACCAUUAUCAUCCCAAAGGGAAGGAUGCUUGCCUUCCCUGCGACUGCUACCCCAUUGGCUCUUCCUCACGUUCCUGUGAUCAGGAGACAGGCCAAUGUCACUGCAGACCAGGAGUCAUUGGCCGUCAGUGUAACAGUUGUGACAGUCCCUUUGCAGAGGUGACAUCCAGUGGCUGCCAAGUGCUCUAUGAUGCAUGUCCUAAGUCUCUGAAAGCUGGAGUAUGGUGGCCUCAGACCAAAUUUGGCUUGCCAGCUGCAGUGCCUUGCCCCAAAGGUUCACUGGGUUUGCGAGGUGCAGGUGCAGCCGUUCGACAGUGUGAUGAGGAAAGAGGCUGGCUGGAACCAGAUCUGUUCAACUGCACUUCACCAGCCUUCAAGGAGCUCUCAGCUUUGCUGGAGGGUCUGGAAAGAAAUGAGACAGAACUGAACACCAUAGAAGCCAAAAAGCUGGCCCACCAGCUGCGGGCAGUGACUGAUCAGAUGGAGCGUUAUUUUGGCAAUGAUGUUCACAUCACCUAUCGCCUGCUUUCCCAUUUGAUGGCCUUUGAGAGCAAGCAACAUGGCUUUGGUCUGACAGCCACCCAGGAUGCUCAUUUCAACGAGAACUUGUUGCGGGCCGGUAGCUCAGUGCUCGCCUUAGAGAACCAUGAGCACUGGGACACAUUGCUGCAGAACAGCCAUGGCAGUGCAGGUCUAAUGGAACAACUGAGAGAAUACACAAGCACCCUGGCCAGCAAUAUGAAACUCACCUACCUCAAUCCAGUUGGUGUUGUGACCCCCAAUAUUGUGCUCAGCAUUGACCGUAUGGAGAACCGUACCCACUUCAGAAGGCGCUACCCUCGCUAUCAUAGUACCCUCUUCCGUGGCCAGGCCAUGUGGGACCCACACACCCAUGUAGUGCUCCCCCUCUCAGUCCUUACACCCCGCAAAGUAGCUCCAACCAUGGCAGCUCCAGUACCAGCAAACAGUGAAACCAAUGACACUGUGGAAAGUUCUCCUCAAAAACACUCCCUUCCAGAGCCUGAGCCUGCAGUAACCAUCCUUAUCCUCAUCAUUUACCGCACCCUUGGAGGACUUCUGCCUGCUCACUAUCAGGUGGAUCGACGCAACCUCAGGCUGCCCAAAAAUCCUGUUAUGAAUUCCCCCAUAGUGAGUGUAUCAGUGUUCAGUAACCACACGUUUCUCCAGAGCACAUUGGAGAUGCCGUUAGUGCUGGAGUUCCGCCUACUUGAGACGGCCAACCGCAGCAAGCCCCUCUGCGUUCAGUGGAAUCAUUCCAGCCAGAUUGAACCCACUGGCUUCUGGACAGCACGGGAUUGUGAUCUUGUGUACCGAAACACUACACAUGUCCGCUGCCACUGCUCCCAGUUUGGCACGUUUGGGAUCCUAAUGGACAGCUCCCACAGAGAGCAGCUGGAAGGUGACCUGGAGACGUUGGCCAUCGUCACCUAUUCUCUGGUGUCCCUUUCCCUGCUUUGCUUGCUACUGACCUUUUCCUUCCUGAUCUGCCUGAAGGGUCUCAAAUCCAACACUCGGGGCAUUCACUGCAACAUCUCUGCCACUCUCUUCUUUUCUGAGCUGCUGUUCCUCCUGGGUAUCAACCACACUGAAAAUCAGUUCCUCUGCACUGUGAUCGCUAUCUUGCUCCACUAUUUCUUCCUAUCAACUUUUGCGUGGCUCUUUGUGCAAGGCCUCCAUAUUUACCGCAUGCAGACUGAAGCUCGCAACAUCAACUAUGGGGCUAUGAGGUUCUAUUAUGCCAUUGGUUGGGGGGUUCCUGCCAUCAUCACAGGGUUGUCAGUUGGCUUGGAUCCAGAGGGAUAUGGAAACCCAGAUUUCUGCUGGAUUUCCAUCCAUGAUAAGCUGGUCUGGAGUUUUGCAGGGCCUAUUGUUAUUGUCAUUGUGAUGAAUGGGGUUAUGUUUCUACUGGUGGCAAAGAUGCUGUGCUCACCAGGCCAGAAAGAAGCCAAGAGGAAAUCUGUUCUCAUGACACUGCGAAGUUCCUUCGUUCUGCUUCUAGUUAUUAGUGCUGCUUGGCUCUUUGGCCUCUUGGCUAUCAACAACAGUGUCCUGGCUUUCCACUACCUCUACACUGUCCUCUGCAGCCUUCAGGGCUUGGCAGUGCUAGCUUUGUUCUGUGUGCUAAACAAAGAGGUACAGGAAGCCUGGAAAGUGGCCUGCCUUGGCAAGAAAGGUCAGACUGAAGAAGCCACCAGAAGUGGUCAGGGCCCAAAUGCCUACAACAACACAGCCCUUUUUGAGGAGAGUGGUCUCAUCCGCAUCACUCUAGGAGCUUCCACCAUCUCCUCUGUCAGCAGUGUGCGCUCAGGCCGCACCCAUUCCAGCCAGCGAGGAUACCUCAGGGAAAACUUGAUGGCACAUCAAGGCUCAGCUCUGGAUCACAACUUGCUGAAUCAUGCUGGUCCCACUGAUCUUGACGUGGCCAUGUUCCAUCGUGAUGCAGGGCCAGAUCAAGACUCUGACUCGGACAGCGACCUCUCCUUGGAUGAGGAACGCAGCCUCUCAAUACCAUCAUCGGAGAGUGAGGAGAAUGUGCAGCUCCGGGGAAGGUUUCAACGCCAAUUCAAAAGGGCAGCACACAGCGAGAGACUUCUCACCAAUCCUUCCAAUACUACCCCCAAAGAUGUAGAUGGUAAUGACCUGAUGUCUUAUUGGCCUGCACUGGGAGAAUGCGAAGUUCAUCCUUGCUCCUUACAAAAAUGGGGCUCAGAGCGAAAACUUGGAUUUGAUGUUAAUAAGGAUGCAGCAAACAACAACCAGCCAGACCUGGCCUUGACCAGUGGGGAUGAGAAUUCCCUUACCCAGACCCAGCGACAGAGGAAAGGCAUCCUAAAGAACCGUCUCCAGUACCCUCCAGCUUUGCAAGGCUUGUCAUCUGUGGGGAGAAUGACCAACGACCUUUCCUGGUACAAAACUUCUACCCUGGGUCACAGGGCUGUUCCUGCUGCUUCUUAUGGCAGGAUCUAUUCAGGCGCAGGCAGCCUCUCUCAACCAGCAAGUCGUUACUCUUCCCGGGAACAACUUGACAUGCUCAUGAGAAGGCAGAUGUCUAGAGAACAGUUGAGCCGAAAUGAUUCUGGUGAGUGCCUAGAAGUUAUAGGCAGUCGCCAUGGGUCCCGGGAACAACUGGACACUAUUCUGAACAGGCCAAGAUCAAGGGAGCACUUGGACACAAUCCUCAGUCGGCAUGGAUCUAGAGAACACCUUGCAAGCAUACCCAGUAGACAUGGGUCUACAGAAAACCUAGGUGACAUAGCUACUGGACACAAUCAGAGAGAUCUCUGGAACACUCUACCCAGGAGGCAGGGAUCUAGAGAUCAUCUAGAUACUUUGCCCUGUAGAUUUGGUUCCCGAGAACAUCUAGACUGUGGUGGGACAGUCACAGAGAUCUCCAGAGAAUGGCUAAACACUAUGCCUAACAGACAAGCUUCUAGAGAUCGCAUGGAUGCUUUGUCAAGUCGAGACACUUCUCGAGAACAGUUGGAUCUGCUUUCUAGAAGGCAGCCUUCAAGGGACCAACUAGCAUCAGCUAGACAAACAUCAAGAGAGCAGCUGGACUUUUUUUCCAGAAGAUCAAAUUCUAGAGAGCAUCUGGACAUAGUGCCUGGCAGGCAGGCUCUUCGGGAAAAUCUAGAGCCCCUUUCUAGACAACAGCCUUCUAGAGAAAACCUUGAACUUCUCUCCAGGAGGCCCCCUUCUAGAGAAAAUCUAGAAGCGGCCCCCAGCCGUCACCCCUCUACAGAGCAAUUAGACAUCCUUUCUUCCAUACUAGCCUCUUUUAACUCCUCUGUUUUAUCUUCUGUGCAAUCAUCCAGUACUCCCUCAGGCCCACAGACCACACCCUCUAUGGCACAGAUGUCCUCCACACCCUCCAUGCCCUCCAUGCCAUGCCCUUCACCACCUCACUCUACUACUUCUCACAGUAUUUCCGAGCUGUCUCCAGACUCAGAAAUUACAAGAAGUGAGGGUCAUUCCUGAGGAGCCCAACAACCGCUGUGAGAGCCAAGGAAGACACAGGAAUGAUUGGCCAGACGCUUCCACAGAGGACUGGGAUCCCCCCGGGCACCUACAAGGAAAGGACUGGGUCUGAAUGGAGGCCUGAAUCAACUGUGCCUCCCUCAGCACUCGAGUAGUGAGAGUCAGGGAAAAUGCACAGACCUGGCUAUGAAGUUAAGGUGUCUCUUGGUACCUCCGUGUCAUGCUGGCCACUCUCCACAUUCAGAGAGAGAAUCCCAAAUUGGGAGGGGAGUUAACCACACCAUGGGUAAACCCCCUUAGUUACAUAUCCAAAACAGACCAAUUGAAAUCUUCCUUUCUGAAACCUUUCUAGACUCUGUGCAAACAUGAAAGGGUGGGGUGACUGCAGAGGGAGGGUCAGGGGAAGGGUUUUAUACAUUUUUGUAUCUUUGUAAUCAGAGAAAAGAGAAAUUUCUAUGGUUAUUUUUACGGUUCUUCUGUUCCCAUUGCUGUGGUGCCGAAUUCAUUUGUCUUGGCAGUGUUAUGUCCAAACAGUGGCAAAAUGCUAUGCAGGCUUCUUCCCAGUAGGGUUUGGGAGCAGAGGAAUGAGGCAAGAGAUAUUUUGCCAACCCUACUCAGAGCGUCCUUUAGGCAUAUUCUGUUGUAUGCCUGUCUUGUUUCCUGGCAACUAUCUCAUUGGGGAAGGGGAAGAGUCAAACACACACACAAACACAGAGAUAAGCCAACCAGCCUUAAACAGGGCCCUGAAGUCCAUGGGCUUUGCCACUUUCCCCACAUUAACCUGACCACCAUCCUGAACACAGCCCUACAAUUCCUUCCACAUUCUGACACAGCCUGAGGGCCCACAUAUUUAUAUAUGCUUCUCGUAUAAACAUUUCUUGGUUUUUGUGGACUGCAGGACAAAGUUGGUGGUUCUUCAUGGUUUGAAUUUAACUUGUUUUUCUUCUUUCAUGACCAAAAAGCUAAAGCUGUGCUCCUUCUUAGGCCAACUGUGGAGAACAUGGGUUGUUGUAAGUUUUUCGGGCUGUAUGGGCAUGUUCCAGAAGCAUUCUCUCCUGGCGUUUCGCCUUCAUCUAUGGCAGCCAUCCUCAGAGGUUCAAAGAUUCCAGCUAUGAAAGCCUUCAACAAUACAUUGUGGGGAACAUGUGGCUUCCCUGUAGUGCAGCAUCACUUGCCAUCUAUGCAGCAGUGUGUUGCUGAUGUAAUCACCUCUAUUAUUUAUUUAUUUAUUUAUUUAUUUAAUCUGUUCAUUCAUUAGGAUAUGUAUAUCUGAAGAACAGCAUACAGUAAAAUUCAAGAUAAUAAACAAUCAUUUAAAGAGAUGAAAACUACAUUAAAUUGUUUUUCACUGAAAAACCGACAAUAUAAAACCAGUUAAAAUAAAUUAAAAACAAUGCCAAUUAUAUCACAUGUGCAAGUUGGAUAAAGUCAAUAGGUCCCAAAGGCAUUAAUUAGAAGCCAUAUUUUGACUUGGCACUGGAAUGACACCAAUAUUGGUACAAAUCAGACCUUAGAGUGGGUAUUUCAUAGGUGCCAAAGUUAAGAAGGCCCUCUUCCAUGUCAUCUAACAAUGUAUUGCUCACACUGGUAGGACACAGAGAAGAUGUGCUCCCUUAGGUAUCAAGUUGCCAAACAUUUAUGGCUUUGAAUGCUAUCACAAUUGGUUACGGUUAAGAUUCUUGGUUACUCAGACAGUGUGGUGUAGUGGUGUGAGAGUUGGACUCGGACUCUGAAGACUAGAGUUUGAUUUUUUCCUUGAGCAUAGAAAUUUAAUUAGUGAUCUUGUUGACUCAUCUACUCUCAGGCCUAAAAAAGGUGAUAGAUUUGCUUUAGGUUGCCAUAAACACCAAUACCAUAAAUCAACUCAAUGCUUUCCCCAGUAGUCAUGUUAUCCCAAGUUGGCACAGGACACACUAAUUUACCACUCUUUCUGAAUCACUAUCCUGGACUUCUGCUAACUUGACAAUCCUUCCUUGAGGAGUCAUCAACAAAUCUCCCAGAAGUAACCUGUAAACAACACAAGUCUAAAGUUCUCAGUGCAAUUCUAUGGUAUGCUUCUGGCCAAAGUAUAGUCAACUUUUAUAUUCACUAUUUAUACAGAUUUGGAUAUCCACUGUGGGUCUUGGACAUUAUCCCUUGUGAAUACAGAAGUCAUGAUUUACUUAUUUGCAUAGACACAUACAUCUUUCCAUAAGUUGUGUAUUGCACCUCCUUCACUUUAACAAAUGACAUUUGGCUAAAUAUGCUCUUUUUUCUUUUUCUGUUUCUUUUUUCAAAAAUAGGCAGAAAACAUUCUUUGCAAUUGAAAUCCUGAGUUGUUGAUACCAAAUUUUUGUAUUUGGGAAGUAGAAAAAAAUGAAUCACUAUAUUCUUAACAUUUGCAUUUAUUCAAACAAAUCAAAAUGCAAUUGAUUUUUUCUUUUAAAAAUCUACAUACAUAGAGACAACUGGCAAUUUUAUAUGUGUUUUCACAUAUUUGUUUCCCUAGAACACCUUGGAUGCUCAUGUAUUGUUUCUCUAUAACUAAGGGAAGUGAUAACCUAGGCAGCCAACAGUUACAUUUUGGCCCUUAUUGCACAAGUUCUUAUUGCGUUUUUAAGCAUGGCGACACAAUGCUGAUGAUGUUUAAUCACUGUUGGAAGUGGACAGAGCUAAGCCUAACAAAGUUAAUAUCAGCACUGCGAGAUAAUGGUCAAGUAUGGGAAGUAUAUAUUUUAUGCAAAUCCCACCCCCGCACCCCAAGCAUGGGCCGAAGGCUACAAUAAGAAAUACUACAGACAGUAUAGGAAUAAUGUUGUGUACAGUAUACAUUGUACAUGGUGGAAGAACUUGCAGCUGUGCAUAAGGUGAUGAACUGCAGCUCCCAUCAUGCAUGAUCAUUAGUUGUACUGGUGGAGACUGAUGGAAAUUCAAGUGCAACAUCACCUGGAAGACUAAAAGUUCUAUAUCCUUGUACAAACUCAGACCUCAUAGGUAUUAUUACCAUCUUUAGUACUGCUUUCUGCAAACUGGAAUGCCCGAAACCACUACAUCAUCUCAUAUCAUAAUAGAAGACAGAUCACUAAUGGAAAUCUUCAUGCUGUGCAUCCAUUUUUCACUCGAAGUGUAAGUAGAUGCCGAGACAUUGCUGGAUCUAUUUAAUUCCACUGUGCAUAAUACAGAACGUAUAAAGCUCUUGAUGUGAAAUGUUGUUUGCUCUUGACACCUUCGCCUUCCCUUGCCCACUUUUAGAUCUGAGAAGACAUUUGAGUGUUCAUAAAGAUACAUGGUACAGCCCUUUCAUGUCAGCAUUGCCUCAGAUUGCUCAUCUGUUUGAAAGUAUGACUUCUCAAAAGGAGUCUCCAUGCCUAAUGUAUUACAUUUUCCAAAUGCACAGGGUGAUUUUGUGAUAAGGUUGUUAUCAAGCUAGGGAUGCCCCCUUCCCCAUGUAUUCUGAAACGAUACAGUCCUGCAGAAGACUGUGCCACAUACCUGUUUGAAUGUUUGACUGGGCUGCCAAGUCUAUUGGUGGAGAGAGCUGUGCUUAAUCUGGAAAUGACUGGUGUCGUGGUGCUAUUUCUGUCUCCAAACUCAGACUCCCUUCAUGUGUUUGUGUGUCUUGCUCACCUAGAGUGGUGAAAAUGUUCCAUUUACUGCCUUAUUAGCACAGAACACUGUAGCUUAAUUGUUAAACUAAACAGACUUAAUGUUUACACUGGCGAGCUUUCUUCCUGCAACCAACAGAGGUGGCUGGCAGUUGUCUGGCAGAUGCCCCUUUCCAAUGCUUGGCCCAGAAGCCUUUCGACUGGUUUAAUUUCAAGUAAGAAAAGAGGAAGGUUUUAAUUAUUCUCCAGUACAUUCCAUUACUUGUAGUUCUGAGAGGGAAAGGGCUCCAUUAAGCCUCCUGAUCUUUCACAUUUUGAUACCUGAGCAAAGGUAGAAUUGCUGCAGCCUUUGCUCAGAGCUGCCUUUUGGCCCCCAUCCUCCUUUCAUAGGGGUGGAAGAUACUGUUCCAUGCCCAGAAUGGGUGGCAACCCACAACUCCUGCCAAGCAAAGGCCACGCUGCAUUGAAGUCCCUUAUUGACGUGGAAAGUGAGAGAUUGGGACAAGUUGUCUUCAGAACAGCUUAAUGUGUUUACAAGAAUCUAGCUAACGAAUCAUGAGGCUGAGAAGCCAACACAAACCAAGGCAUGGUUUUGUGCAAAAAAGAAGAAAGGAGGGGAUGGGGUGAUAAAGAAAGGGAAACCUCUUUCGCUUGUGAAAGUGCAGGUCCUUUUUCUGAAUGCAAAGUCCUUUGUCUGAUCAUCAUUCUCUUAAUAUGAUGUAUUAGUCUUUUAAAAAAGAGCUUGUUUACACUAUUUAUGUCCAAUUUAUUUAUGUAUAGCUUGCCAAACCAGGGUCCAGGUUUUCUAUUUGUCACACGGAUUUUUACAAAGACUUGUCUCCUGUUUUCUAUCAAUACUGUUUAUAGACGUCCCACCUCCUUUUUGACUCAAUGGAUGUCUGUACUAUUUAUUAAUCAUAAAAAUAGCCGGUUUGUUGGUUGAGAGAUUUUUGGGUUUUCUGUUCUUGUUUUUAUAUGGAUUUAUAUUGGAACCAGGCUUUAAAAAUAUAAACGGGCUUGCUUUCUUUUGGAUUUGGUCCAGUGUAGAAGAGGGUUUGCCAUCAAAGGAAAGCUCUAUAUCCCCCACCUCUCUCUCUCUCACACACACACACCUCUUCCUUUUAAUAGUAAUAUCACAAUAAACCAUCAUGUGAUUUAUUGAAUGGAUUGGUUAUGAUGUCCGAAUCAACCGCUGCUAACAAGAUUAUGUAUAUUAACUAGUCUCAAAACCAAGCUGAAUCCAUGAUUGGAAGUUGGCUUACGAAUCCUGGCUUCCUUACCCACAUUUUGUGACACAGAAACCAACAUCUGAGAUAUGUCCCUAGCAAUUCAUGGUAUAAACAACAAAUCAUGGUUCAUCCAAACUAUGAUUUCCCUUACUGUUCUGCUCAGCUUGAUUACACGGAAAGUUUCUCUGCCCUCCAAAAAUGUUGUGGUAUUGUGUAUAAAUAAAUAAAUAAAUAAAUAAAUAAAUAAAUAAAUAAAAGAAAUACACAAAACUGUGUAUAGAUCUCCCUGGUCAAUGAUUUCAGUCUAGUAAUGUUUCACCAAUUUGUAAGUGGUGAAGAAGGCAAGUUCCAUGCCUGGAGGCAUUUCUACCUGCCUCUUUCGGUAAGGAAAGAAACCAUCAAAUUCCCAAACCCUCAAUAAGGGAUGUGUGCCAAAAGGAGAAAGACACUGAGUAAAUGGAGUGAAGUGUCAGUCUCUCUCAUGCCUUCCCGGAAUCUGCUGAAUUGCUGCUAUUGACAACAAGCACUCAGCACUGCCUUGAAGCUCAGAAUGUUCCUGGAAAGAAGAGUCUUCACCUCUUUCCUCAAAGUGAUAGUUAUCUUGCAAAUCUGCAUAGCAGUUCUUUGAUUGUACAUGUGGUGGCCUAGGCUCUGGAGAGCAUUUGUUUUGGUUGGUUAAUAAAACAUUUGUCCCUUUCCCCCUGGUUUGUUGGUGGAGGACAGAGAGGUCUGUGGGCUUCCUCCCUAGCCAUGUAAAAUUGUAUCAUGAAAGCAACACGUUUGGAAAUAAAAUAUAAAACACA